AUGCGUUCGUCGAUUGUUAUUUUACAAAUAUUAUCUAGUACUAUAUUGUGGCAUGUUGCAGUUGAUGCGCGAGCCGUUUUAGCUAGUCAUAGUCAUCCAUCUGAUGUUAAAAAUUUUGAAUCAAAAUUAGACACAAAUAUCGGUUAUUGGUCACCGAGUACCAGUUCAAUCGAUUGGUGUGAACGUAAUUACGUUAUAACCAAGUAUAUUGCUGAAUUUUGGAAUUGUCUUUCAAGCUUCUCUAUGUGUAUAUUAGGUGGAAUAUUAUUCAUUCGAGGUUUAUAUAAUAAGAUUGAAAGUCGAUUUUUGUGGUCUAGUUUGGGCUUUGCUUUUGUUGGACUCGGUUCUGCGUAUUUCCAUGGUACUCUCACACAUGUAGGCCAAAUGGCAGAUGAACUCCCGAUGGUCUACUCAAUGAUUAUCUGGUGGUUUAUAUUAAUUAAAAUGAAUGAGCUCAGACAGCUAAAGAGUAAAACAUCCUCAAUUGACAUCUCAAUUAUAUUUGGAAUUUUUUAUGGAUUAUUAUGGACUUACGUACACAGUUUGCAAGCAUUUGUAUUGAUAUUUCAAGUACAUAUUAGCAUGAUGGUAGUCGGAGGUAUGAUUAAACUGAUUUAUUUAUAUCGACAACCACAUCAUCAUGUUUAUCGGAUAAAGUGUCUGCUGUUGGUAUAUGUUAGUUUAAUAAUUUCAGCUUUUGUAUGUUGGAUUAUGGAUCAACAGUUAUGUGAACGAAUGAAUAGUAUCAGUCGAUUUAAUCCGCAAUUGCAUGCUUGGUGGCAUGUAAUUGGUGCUGUUCAUUGUCAUCUGGGGAUUGUAUGCGCUGAAGCUAUGCGUCUCCUAUCAAUCAAAUAUCAGCAGCAUCAAAUGAAAAAUCUUCAAAGUUCUAAGCAGCCAUUCAAACCAGAAGAUCAUUUACAUUUCAACUUCUAUUUAGGACUACCUUAUGUAGAUUAUUCCCAAGAGAAACAAACGAAUAAAGCAAAAAUACAGUAA